UCGGGUGGAUCGUGCCAGCGUACCCAAUGCCGGAGGGUGCCAAGCACGUGUCAGUUCUUCGUGUUGUGAUUAGAGAAGACUUCUCUCGCACCCUUGCGGAGCGGCUUGUGCUUGACGUCAUAAAGGUUCUGGCAGAGCUUGAUACUCUUCCGUCGAAAAAUGGUGGAAAAAUCGGAAGCUUAGAAGAGGAAGAAAACGGUAAAAAUGAGAAGGCGAUGAAGAAGAAGACUGCAGAGGAGAGAGAGAGGGAAAUUGUGAGUCAUUGGAGAAACGUGACAAAGGCCAGAAAAAUGGAGAUGGAUGCUGCUAAUCAGGCUAGUCCUUCAGUUACGGUCGUUGCGAAUUAAAUAAAAAGAGGGACACGCUUACAAUUAUAUGCAUAUUUUUUUUAAUUUUGAUAGUUUACAAUUUUUAUUAUCAAAUAAUUAAAAUCUAACUAAAAAAAAGGACCCAAUUAUAGAAAUGAAUUGGGGGAGUUUGGUUGUUUUUCAGAAUGUAACAUCACAAGUGCUCGGGCGUAGAUUUAAGUUGAGAGGUUACUAAUGUCUUCAGCUAUUUUUGGGAAGGACUACUUGAGAUCAAAAAAAUCUUUUUAUAAUUGUACCUUCGAAAUUUUAAUGUCAAUCAUUUUGCUUCCA